CCGGCAGGUCCGGGAGCAGCCGGCUGCUGUGGCGGCCCGGGCGGGCGACGAGGCCGUGGCGGGCGUUGCCGCUCGGCUUCCUCAGAAUAAAUUGAACUCAGCUCACCAUGCACAUGGUCCAUCAGUAAGAUUACUUUGCUACCAUCAUGUCUUGGUUUGCUGAUCUUGCUGGAAGGGCCGAAGAUCUUUUAAACCGAGUGGAUCAGGGGGCUGCAACAGCUCUCAGAAAGGAGAAUACCAGCAACAUCUUUUAUAGCAAAAAUAUUGACUAUCCUGAACUUCAGCAACAAAACACAGAGUCAACUUACCAGACUGGACAGAAAGCUAACUAUAUUUCCUCAGCUGCUGAUAACAUCCGACAUCAGAAAGCCACGAUCAUAGCUGGCACUGCAAACGUGAAGGUCGGAUCCAGGACAGCCGGGGAUGUCUCCCAUCCCACUGAGCAUGCAUCUGUCCCUAGGCCUUCAUCCCAGUUUGUUCGAAGGAAAAAAUCAGAGCCUGAUGAUGAGCUGCUAUUUGAUUUUCUUAACAGUUCCCAAAAACAACCCACUGGGAGAGUGGAAAUCAAGAAAGAGAAGGGCAGAGCUCCUGUCUUUCCAAGUUCUCAGUCAUCAGGUGUCAGUUCUGUCAACACCAGUGUAACCAACGCUGUGGAAGAAAAUUCUGGGAGCCAAAGUCCUGAAGGAAACAGUUCUGAUUCUGUGCCUGAAGUUCACAAGGACUCCUCAGAGGAAAGCACAGCAUCAAAUGCUACCAGCAUGGAGCACAGCUCAGCACCUAGUGAUGGUAGCAGGUCGCAUGAGCUGUCUAAUCUCCGCCUGGAGAAUCAGUUGCUCAGGAAUGAAGUCCAGUCUUUAAAUCAGGAAAUGGCCUCAUUACUUCAGAGAUCCAAAGAAACUCAAGAAGAAUUAAAUAAGGCAAGAGUAAGAGUUGAAAAAUGGAAUGUUGACAAUUCAAAGAGUGAUCGAAUAACUCGGGAACUACGAGCUCAAGUAGAUGACCUCACUGAAGCAGUGGCUGCAAAGGAUUCCCAGCUAGCUGUCCUCAAAGUGCGACUGCAGGAGGCUGACCAGGUCCUGAGUUCCCGCACAGAAGCACUGGAAGCCUUACAGAGUGAAAAGUCACGAAUAAUGCAGGAUCACAAUGAAGGUAGUAGCCUACAGAAUCAAGCUCUGCAGACUCUUCAAGAGAGGUUGCAUGAAGCGGAUGCCACUCUAAAGAGAGAGCAAGAGAGCUACAAACAAAUGCAGAGUGAGUUUGCUGCACGCCUUAACAAAAUGGAAGUGGAACGUCAGAAUUUGGCAGAAGCAGUUACUCUGGCAGAAAGAAAGUACUCUGAGGAGAAGAAGAAGGUUGAUGAACUCCAGCAGCAAGUCAAGCUACACAGAUCAAGCGUGGAAUCUGCUAAGCAAGAGUUAGUUGACUACAAGCAAAAAGCUACACGGAUACUCCAGUCUAAAGAAAAACUGAUCAACAGCUUAAAGGAAGGCUCGAGUUUUGAAGGCCUAGACAGCAGUACUGCUAGCAGCAUGGAACUUGAAGAACUUCGGCAUGAGAAGGAGAUGCAGAAGGAGGAGAUCCAGAAGCUGAUGGGCCAGAUACAUCAGCUGAGAUCUGAGUUACAGGACAUGGAGGCUCAGCAGGUCAGUGAAGCUGAAUCAGCAAGAGAACAAUUACAAGAUCUGCAAGACCAGGUAGCUAAGCAGAGGGCAUCCAAGCAAGAGCUGGAGACAGAACUAGACCGGAUGAAACAGGAAUUCCAUUACAUGGAGGAAGAUCUGCAUAGAACAAAGAACACACUACAAAGCAGGAUUAAAGAUCGAGAGGAAGAAAUUCAAAAACUGAGGAAUCAGCUUACCAACAAAACCUUAAGCAACAGCAGCCAGUCGGAGCUCGAAAGCCGACUCCAUCAGCUAACGGAAACACUCAUCCAGAAGCAGACCAUGCUGGAGAGCCUCAGCACAGAAAAGAACUCGCUGGUCUUCCAGCUGGAGCGCCUCGAGCAGCAGAUGCACUCUGCCUCCACGGGGCCCAGCAGCGGGUCUUCCAUUAACAUGUCUGGAGUUGACAAUGGUGAAGGGACACGCCUGCGAAAUGUUCCUGUUCUUUUUAAUGACACAGAAACUAAUCUGGCAGGAAUGUAUGGGAAGGUUCGCAAAGCUGCCAGCUCCAUUGACCAGUUUAGUAUUCGCCUGGGAAUUUUUCUCCGAAGAUAUCCCAUAGCACGAGUGUUUGUAAUUAUCUAUAUGGCUUUGCUUCACCUCUGGGUCAUGAUUGUGCUGCUGACUUACUCACCAGAAAUGCACCAUGACCAACCGUAUGGCAAGUGAACUGAGCCCCUGUUCCCGUGAGUGCCUGCCAUUGUCCAGAGCUGGGCUCUGCAGAAAGAACAACACUAAGACUGCUGGGAACAGUGCACAAGAUGGUUUCCUCAUGGAAAGAUUUUCAUCUUUUAAUUUAUUUCUCUGAUGUCUGACUCUCCCCUAUUUCCAUAAAUCUCUAAAUGCAGACAGUAACUUGGUAAAUUAAGCUCGACCUUUUCUGAGUUCAAUUGCCCUAGAUAUGUAUAGAGAAAGAGAGAAAAAGAGAUUCGGGGGUUGUUAACCUCUGUACAGACCUUUCUAUAUUUUAGGUGACACUGAUUAUGGGUUAUAAUCAGGAAAACUAAUUGUAUUUAGGGAUAAAAAUAAAAAGAUUUCUUUUUUAAUAA